GGCACUUCUACGCGGUCAAGUGCCUCCAGAAGCGUGACGAGUUCGGCGAGGAGAGCGACGCCAGGACACAGAACAUCCGCAGGGAGGCCUGGGUGAUGCAGCAGAUGCGCCACUCACUCAACGUAAUACAUUUGCACGAGGUGUUUGAGGACAACGAGCAGGUGUACAUGGUGCUAGAAUUAUGUGAAGGAGGCGACCUCUGGACCCACAGGGAGAUCGCGUCUGGGCAGUUCAGUGAAUACCAGGCCGCGGGCAUACUUCGAGCAAUCCUCCGGGCCGUGGCGCCCGGGGCCGUGUGGAAAGACAUAUGCUACCGCGAUGUCAAGCCAGAGAAGGGGCCGGCGGCUUUUCUGUUCGUGACCAGCGGGAACGUCCAGCAGAUUCGCGCCGUCGACUUCGGGCUGGCUGCGCCGUGCCCGCCGGGCUGCGUCCUGACCCAGCAGUGUGGCAGCCCCUUCCACGUGGCCCCAGAGGUGAUCAACCAGGAGUACGGCCUCCCGGCAGACAUGUGGGGCGUGGGCGUGGUUGCGUACCAGAUGCUGAGCGGGGAGGUUCCAUUCCAAGACCCCGACAGCGACGUCCCGUACCCCUUCUUCAUGCCGGAGAGUGGUGGGCCCAUGUUCUCCGCCAUAUUAAACCAGCCAGUUGAGUUGACAGGAGGACCAACCACUGCGCUCUCAUCGCUUGGGAUAAUCAGUGAGAUUGGAUCUUAGUCGGAGACGCUUACCGCCGCCCCCCUACCUUUUGGAAAUGCCCAUGUGGCAAAAUGUUGGGCCGAAGCCUGGGCAAGCUAUUGGACUAUGUGCUCCCACAGCCGUUGUGCAAACCCUUGGGGGCA